CGUGUCAGAAUCUUCUUCAUCUUCGUCUUCAUCCUCAUCUUCAUCCUCAUCCUCAUCCUCACACACCUGGAACACCUGGCUAAAAGAAAUCUGCUCAGAGGACUAAAACCUGGCCGCUGCUGCCUGAGAAGACAAACCUGAUGGUGUUGUCUAGAGCAAACAGUGUCUGUGAAGCUGACGAAGUUUGUGCUCAAGCGGAAUUCUGUUCCAUAAGUUUCCCAGAGAACCAAACUUCGGACUUCUGACGAGUAACUGAAGAGAAUGAGACGCUGUGAAGUCCGUCAGGCUCCCCUUGUGCUGCUGUUAGCUGCCGUGGUGGGGUGUGUCCAGGUGCAGGACCGUGCUGUCAUAUUGUCCAAUGAGCGCAGCACCAUAGAGAGGACGUACGAGCUGACCAAAUACCUGGACCACCAGCUGAAAGAAAUCAAAGACACUUACCUCUCAUAUCUUGGCCCUCCAUUCAGUGACCCUGGCUUCUCUCCACCACGCCCCAACAUCUCUUCACUGGCGGUUCCUAGCGCAGCCACGCGAGUAGAUCUGUGGCGGGGCCUGGAGAACGGUGCACGCCUAGCACAGAACCAGCGAGCCUACAGUGUCCUGUUGAGCGCUGUGAGGGAGCUGGCCCGCUCCACACUGUGCCCCUACCUCCAGAGCUCCCUGCUGCAUUUCUGCUCUGGACUCAGCGGCCUGCUGGGCUCUAUAUCAGGCCUGAUGAACGCUCUGGGAUACACUCCACCGCUGCAUGCCAACGGACCAGCCAAUCAGAGAUAUGGCCCUCUGCUGACCUCUCUGCAGAGAGCCAGUGCAAACAGCCCCAUCCCACUGAGGAGCAACCCUGCCCGUAACCAGGGUGGCAUGACCGCAUCAGGGGUCCGAGAGGGGACGCCUGGAGUGGAGAGAAAGAGGGACAGAGAAAGAGGGAGGAGAGGAAGAAGGAGAGAAGGAGAGAGCUGGGCAGAAAGAGAAGAAGAAGAGAAGGAUGAAGGUUUGGAAAGAUGGGGGAGGAGAAGGAAGCUGCUGAUGGUGGAAGAAGACAAAGAUGGUCAAGGAACCGGCCAGAGCUAUGACCAGAACAGCAGCAACAAGAACAACACCCACAUGAGUUAUUUCAGCCAAUACAGUGAGGACAAAUACAGUAACAUUAAUAGCAAUAACAGCCAGUUUCCCAUAGACGCUCUACCACAGAGAGAGAGAGCGCGAAGGACAAGUGGAGAAGAAGAAGAAGAGCAGAGUGUCCCCGUCCUCUUCUCCUCUCCAUCCCUCCGCCCUGUGCGCUCAGGACGCGCCCUCCCUCCUUCUUCCACCUUCUCUCCCCUCACACUCCUCUACUCGGAUGCGGAGGUUCCCGGCUCGCUGACCACGGGACGUCCUGCACUCAACGACUUCACACGGAAGGUAGAGGGUUUCUGGGUGCUGCGGGAGCUGCAGAGCUGGCUGUGGAGAUCUGCCAAAGACUUCACCAGACUGAAGAAACGUCUGCGUGUAUGAGUGCGAGUGUGCUUAUGUGUUCAAAAGUUUGGAAACAUUACUUCAACAUGUAGAAUCACUGUUUAAAUAGUCAAUAGUUUAAAGGAAUGAGAGAAACUAUACUAUAUGCAUAGACCAAUGGAAAUGAGAGUGCUACCGAAGUGGUCUGUGGUUCAAAGUGGUUCCAAUUUACUUCAAUUAAAAGUUGUAUGCAAACAGUUUAGGCAUCCCUGGUCAAAUGACAUGUGUUGUUGAUUUUUGUAGUGAAAAUAAGUCAAAACAUCCUCUACAGAGAACACACUUAUGCACAUUUCAAUGCACACCUACUGUUUAUUUGCUGACUAACAUAUUUAGGCAUUAAUCAAAAAAAUGUGUCCUGUGCAAAUGUUAUGGCACACUUUAUAUUUUGUAUUU